AUGGCAGUGCCUGUCGUUUAUGUGCGCCAGUACCGGUUUUGGACAGUGGUGUGUGAAUCCAGUGUUGUCAUCCAUCAGUUGUCCAGUGUGUGUGUAUUUGUUGUCCUGUGGUGGUACAUGGACCAGAGUCACCUGUCCCCUUACCGGCUCUUUACGUACGGCCUCCUCCUCUCUCUCGUCGGCUACCUCACAUUUGAUGUCAUUGACUCGGGGGCAGGACGUAAUCUCAGCGGCCGAACACGAUGGGCUGACCUAAAGAGCACUGUCGUCUUUGUGACAUUCACAUAUGGAUUUGCUCCGAUUCUGAAAACGCUGACAGAAUCCAUCAGCACCGAUACGAUCUACGCCAUGUCUGUCUUUAUGCUGUUGGGUCACCUGAUAUUCUUUGAUUAUGGAGCCAAUGCUGCCAUCGUCUCCAGCACUCUCUCAUUGAACAUGGCCAUCUUCGCCUCAGUGUGCCUGGCCUCGCGACUCCCCAGCUCGCUCCACGCCUUCGUCACAGUGACUUUGGCCAUCGAGGUCUUCGCCCUGUGGCCCAUGUUCCAGAAGAAGCUGAAGGCAAUCACCCCUCGCUGUUACCUGGUGGUCACCCUUACCUUCACCCUGGCUGCCAUGCUGGGGGUGCUGACGGUUUCUCUCACAGGAGCUGUACUCUUCGCUCUGCUGCUGUUAGCAGUUGCCCUGCUGUGUCCUCACUACCUCAUCAAGUUACAGUCCUCGAAAGACAACAUCCAUGGUCCAUGGGAUGAAGCGGAGAUCAAAGAAGACCUGUCCAGGUUUUUGGGGUGACGAGGAGGAUGGGGGUUGGGCCAGCGCGUCCUUCGCUCACGUUCCUGUCUGAAUCUUUCUGGGACGCUGCGGCCACGGCCGUCAAUAGCACGCAAGCAGGUGUGUUGCACGUGGAGCGUCAGACCCGCUCAUGUACAGGUGUCCCUUCAGAGAGUGGCCAGCCUGAAGGAUUCCACCCCAGUCUGUAUCCGUGCCAACACCAGGUCCUCCAACACUUCUCACCUCACCUAACACCACCUCCCCCCCCCCCCCCCCCCCCAAAUAACUCGCACCCAUCAUCACUCCAUUCAUAAAUUGGCUUCUUCUGAUGUCAACUGGCUAUUUGAAUACUUGGAUCAUCACUCAUCAGUCUUCAAUCUCAAGCAUGCUCUUGAUGGAUCUGGAUUGGGUAUAUUACCAACACCACCCUCUUCCCAAUCAAGGUUGAAUUUAUUUUCACUCUUCUCUUACACAGAGGAAUGGGUGCAGAGCUGGGCAGGUUGCAGGACCCUGCACUGGCGCUGUACACCUGGCCAUUCUAGCUUGGUACUGUCUCUACUUACCUCCCUGUUGAAGACAGUGGUAAAGAGGGUUGCAAUCAUGAACCUGGCUGAGGAUAUGAAGCGUUAAAGCUAGAGUCAAUGCCAGUGACUUGCAUGGAGGCAACAGCAUAGAAAUGGGUGUGUGCUGGUGUUUGUGUUCUCUGUGGAAUACCUCUCUCUCCUUCUCUUAAUCUCAACACUACGUAACCACUCCAACUCGAGGGAAUCAGUGUCUGGAUCUAUAUGUUUCUGCUGUGUUCUCGAUUGGAGGAAAUUCAUAAGGAACUUCUGCUGAUCCUGUAACAACCAGUCAGCUGAGAAUCCUUCUGGGGCACGGACAAAUGUCAGCUGCUGUUUCCUGGUGCUUCUGAAAGUGAAUUAAAUAGUUUUCUGGAA